CUCUCAGCUAUGUUGUGUCUUUAUAUAUAUACAGACAUGAUAGAGAAGAAGCGGACUAAUGCCCACCCCGUGGACCCUCCUGACGGGGGCUGGGGCUGGGUGGUGACGGUGGCAGGCGCCAUGGUCACCGCCGGGACAUUCGGCAUCAGCCGGUCUCUGGGGGUCUUUUUCGUGCUCUGGAGGGAACAGUUUACCGGUGUUACGGCCGCGGAAGUCGCGUUGGUUCAGUCCAUGUUAAUGGGAAUGACCCACUUGUCAGGACCUAUAGCGAGUAGUCUGGGUGGGAGGUUUGGAUUCCGUCCUGUCAUCAUGGCAGGAGGUGUGCUGGCAGCAGCAGGGUUCUGUCUCAGCUGGUUUGCAACCCAUAUCUCCCACCUUUACAUCACUGUUGGCUGUCUUGUAGGGUUUGGGGGCUCCCUCUGCCUUACCAACAUGACCAUCUGCGUAGGAAGGUACUUCACCAAAAGGAGACUCCUAGCCAACAGUCUCAUGACACUCGGUGGGAGUCUGGGUGCCUUCGCUUUCCCGCCGCUCUUCCAACUACUGAUCGAUGAAUACGGGACGAAGGGGGCUCUUCUGAUCGCCGGUGGCAUUACUUUUAAUAUAACAGCUUUCGGAGCCUUAGUACGACCGAUCCACCUCAAAGGUGACGCCCAAAACACCACCAGUAAGCAACCGGACCUUCUCGACCACGGUUCUAAAUCUAGUCCUGUGAACGAACAAGGCAAGCGUAGUUGUAACGUGAGGAAGUCAUUCCUGUCUGUGCUUGAUUUAAACCUUCUAAGGGAACCCGCCUUCGCACUAUUUAUAAUCUCAACAGGUUUUCAAGCGUCCAAUCGGCAAGCUUCUAGCAUUUACCUCGUCCCACGCGCGAAGUUUUUAGGCGUAGAGGAAUAUCCUGCCGCUUUUCUCAUGUCCAUUUUGGGCAUUGUAGGCAUGGUGGGCCGUUUGUUGGUUGGCAUGCUGCCUGAAUGGAAGAAAUUCCGCCGUAUUGACCAGUACGCGACUGCAGCGUCGCUCAUGGGUGGUAUGAUGAUGGUGAUGCCCCUGGCCACCUCAUAUGGCAGUAUGGUUGCCUGGAGUGUUGUGUUCGGGCUGAUGUCAGGUGCGUACGUCCCUCUAACGGUAACUACAGCUGCAGACUUGGUGGAUACAAACAAACUCCCCAGCGCCAUGGGACUCCGGAUGUUCGUGCAGGGGAUCGCUACUCUAGUGGGACCACCUGUUUCAGGAGCACUGCGUGACGUCACGGGCAGCUAUGACGGAACGUUUCUGCUUGGCGGCGCAUGCGUACUUGUCGGAGGACUGAUACCGUUCUUACUGCACAUGCGCGUGUGUACCCGUCAGAAUAGUGACGUCAUCGACGCCGCAGACGCUGUGGACUUAGAAGAAGCAGAUAACGUGGAACACAGGCCCUCAGAAGUGACUCUGUUCAUAACAAAAGAAACGUCACUGUAGUUCUGACACAUGUCGGAAGAGGGACAUUAUAUUGAUAAAUAUGAUACAAAUGAUUUUAUCAUGUUAUGACAAAACUGAUUGUACUCUCGAACUAGUUUAGCUGACUGAAGAACUUCUUUCACUGGCCGUGACAGAGAAGACA